ACGCACGUCUCUACCAAACCAGGAAGUCAUGCACAGUUGCGUCUGACUCCACGGAAAGAGCAGGAAACAAUUCAAAGUCAACAUCACAGACUUUCUUCAAGAAAGCUCCAUGACGAGACUUGGUGGGAUUUCUUUGCCAUAAGCUUGUCUUUUCAUCGCAGACUGGGGGAAGCGUUCAGUGAAGUCAGUGAAGCACACAAGCAGUCGGUAGGCAAACAUCUCUGGAGAUGGUGGACACCACAGUGGCUCAAGUGGGCAAGAAUCUGAGUGAUGCCAUGAGGAUCUUAGGAGAUGGACAAAGAGGAAUGGAGGAGAAAACAGAGGGCUCAAUCUUCAGUAGAACAAGCAUACCUGGUCCCCUGCAAGAAGCUGGUCAGGAUGUUGCCACCAUACUGCAGCUUAUUCACAGCCUCAUCCAUGAAGAGGAGGAGGGAGAAGACAAACCAAACCCACAUAGGAUGCAGAAUGUGGGUGAGCAGGGUCACAUGGCACUGCUGGGCCACAGUCUGGCAGCCUACGUCUCAGUGCUGGACAGAGAGAGGCUGAGGAAGCUGGCCACUCGGAUCCUGUCUGAUACCACACUGUGGCUCUGUAGACUGUUCAGAUAUGAGAAUGGUUCAGCUUACUUCCAUGAAGAUGACAGAGAAGGCCUGGUCAAUGUAUGUCGACUGGUCAUCAAUGCUUGCUAUGAUGAUUAUGCCUCUGAGGGCUAUGCUGUCCUCAGCUCAAAGCAGCCAGUCAUCUACCAAAGCGCAUCAAGCAGACCUGGGUUGGGACAGCAUUUGUGCAACCAACUUGGCCUACCUCUCUCCAGUUUGUGCACAGUCCCAUGUAACACCCUCUUUGGAUCACAACAUCAAAUGGAUAUUGCACUGUUGGACAAGCUAAUCAAAGAGGACGUGGAAAGUGGGAAGUUUCCUUUGUUGUUAAUAGCCAAUGCAGGUACCCAUUUGGCGGGUCACACUGAUAAGUUGGGGCGCCUUAGGGACUUGUGUGAUCAGUACAAAAUGUGGCUCCAUGUGGAGGGUAUCAACCUGGCGACACUGGUGCUGGCUGAGGCCAGCUCUGCUGUUAUGGCAGCAACAAGAAGUGACAGUAUUACGCUCAUGCCAGGUCCGUGGCUCGGACUGCCUGCUGUUACUGCUGUUACUCUCUACAGACACGAAGAUCCAGCACUGUCUCUGGCUGCAGGUUUGACCUCGAGUCAGCCUGUCGAGAAGCUGCGAGCAUUGCCUCUUUGGUUGUCUCUGCAGUACCUUGGUCACAGUGGGAUCAUCCAAAAAAUAAGACACGCUACCAUGUUGAGUCAACAAUUGCUACAGAACCUCAAAUCUGUGAGCUCCAUCAAAACAUCGGAUGUGUUAGCGAUGGAGAUACCCCUCAUCGAUGCUUUGACCAUGGUGGAGGAUGAACUCCACUCUCCUGUGGUGCUGCUCAAGUAUUCUCAGGAAAUUACUGCAGCAUCCAGCAGUGGUUCAGUGGAUGCUUACUGUGCUGGGGAGAAGGAGGUACUCGAUGCAAUCAAUAGAUGGCUUGGCAAGCAGCUUGCCCAGAUGGUUCCGGCCAGUGGGGUCGAUGUUGUGGAGCUUGAAGAUGAAGGCAACUGUGUUCGGUUUAGCCCGCUACUAACAGCUGCAGAUUUAGGAACUCAACCUGAGGAUGUUGACAAUCUGGUUCAGAAGUUGUUGGAGCUUGUUCCUUUGAUGACCUCAACAAUGUCCUUCAGACAGGACUUCAAAGAGGAGACUCGCCAACGCUCACCCUACCUCAGAUACGUAGAAGAGCUUAGCUGGCCAGGCCUCGGAGCCGUCCGUUAUGAGCCUCAGGUGGAGCGAAUUGGAAUUGAUAUCAGGAGAACAAAGGAAAUCAAGAAAAUAAACGCUGAACUGCUGAAGCAACUACAAGAGCUAGACACUGACAUAAUCUUCUCCACUGGCCCAGAGUUUGCCAAAGAGGAGGACUGCAUCUUUAUAAGUAUGGUGGCUGAUGACGUUGAUGUUUCGGAGCUCGUGGAAACAAUAGUGACGCUAGGCCGCGACAUUGAAGAGAAUGGAAGACUACUGGAGAACAUGACAGAGGUGGUGAGGAAAGGCAUUCGGGAGGCAGAACAAGAGCUCUUAAAAGCCAAUGAUCAGAAACUCAUGGAAGAGGGCAUGUUGAGACAGCUUCCUUUGGUUGGCUCUGUUCUAAACUGGUUCUCUCCUGUACAAACUUCAAUUAAAGGGAGGACCUUCAGCCUGGCAGCAGGUUCCUUGGACUCCACAGAGGUGACAUACUCUACCAAGGCCCAGUCAGGCAGGCCUCCCUUGAAAGAUUCUUCCACCUCAUCAUUGGAGAGACUGCAAGGUCAGAAGUUGUUUCGGCGCUCAGGUGCAGGCUCUGACUCCUUGAGUGAAUCCAGCUCAAUUGGACAAGCUGAGGGGUCAACCAGCAUCCACUCACCCUUUUUAAGUGUACCAGAGGUUGACUCUGCAUGUCAGUGCAUUCCAGAAGAAAUUCAGGACUCGUCUCAGCAGAAACAGCAUGGCCAGGUGGACAACAAAGCAUUCUUGGAGGAGAGGAAACUUGAAGGCCAAGAGGGCCAGCCAUCAUAAUGGUACCAGCCUAACUCAUUAACAAGACGUUUUAUACGUAAAUUAUGCAUUUAUGCUGGUAUGAAAGAGUAAACUUGCCGAAUUAGUAUGGUCUAAUUGUUUCUCUCAAGAGUGUCUGUCCAAUGAGGUUGGAAAGGAUAUCAGCGAACAUUGUAACAAUGUGAUGCUUUUUUCUAAUCGCUUCCACUUAUACCAAUGGCUGUAGUUUACAUUGUAUUUACACACAUUUUUGUUUGACCUAUCAAGAUGGUCCAAGAUCAGGACUUAAAGCGAUGGGCACAGAACACCCUGGUCACAAGUCAGUCACAGGACACAUAACUCUCAACUCAACUCAACUGUAUUUAUAGAGCACUUUCAAACAGCCAUCGCUGCAUACAAAGUGCUGUACAUGGAGCAAUUAACAUACACAACAGUGAAGCAAAUCUGUAACAAAGAUGGUAGAAAGCACCGAACAGCAAAAUCAAGAACAAAUCGAAGUCAUGCUGAGUCAAAUGCCAAAGAAUACAAGUGAGUUUUGAGGCAGGUUUUAAUGAUUGGCAGCGAGGAGGCUUGCCGAAUAUUCAGUGGGAGGUCAUUCCAGAGAGGGGGACCAGCAACAGAAAAUGAACAUUAAUUAACAAACGACUGAUGUAAACAAAAGGACGAUUCACACUCACAUUUACACCAUCCCUUAAGGGUAAGUCCCAAGUCACAGAUGGUAAACUCUGGUCCUCGAGGGCCACUAUUUCGAAGGUUUGAGAUAUUUCCCUCCUCCAACACACUUGUUUCACAUGAUCAGAUCAUGAUGCGCUGCAGGAGCCUGAUAACGAUCCUGAUCAUUUGAAUCAGGUGUGUUGGAGGAGGAAAACAUCUAAAACAUGCAGGAUAGUGGCCCUCAAGAACCGGAGUUUGACAUCUGUGAUCUAAGUGAACGGCAGCACCAUCAGUGACGAGAUAGAUAAGAUCUUGCAUUACAUUCAAUCACAUAGUCGCAUCCACCAAAACGGCACAUGCUGGUCAAACGUUUUGUCGUGGGUGCAGUGGAUUGAGUGGUCGUUGCUUAUUUUGGGAUGUUUAAGAAAAACAUUCAUUGCGCUAGGUUAACUAUCCAUAAAUUUAGAGGAUUUUUUAAACAGUUUUUGAGUCUCCUUGAAGACCUCACUUAUUGUAGAUGUCGAUUCUUCAGCUCUGUGGGAAAUGCCAAGGUCAUAAAGGCUUGAUUGUGGCAGGGAUGCUAAUUAAUUUGCAUGAGGAAAGAGCUACACAAAUGGGAUACAGCGUAUUGAACAGUUCCGCUUCAUGGUGUACUGCUGUGAUUGUAAUGCAGAAAAGCCUGACCGCAUGCAUGAUGAUUUUGGACACACACAAUUGCACAACACUAACUCUAUUCACACAAUACAUAAAAAUAUCAACUACCUUUGCUUUGUUUAUGCAAAUCUAAUUGAGACAGAAAUUACAAAUAAUGCUAUAGCAUAGAAAAUGAUAAAAAUGGUGUGUAUAUUUUACCAGAAUAUAGUAUUUUGGUGAGAGGAUCAGGAAAGGAUUAUUUUAAAAAUCUACCUUCAUAAUAUAUGCAACCACAUUGCAGCCAUAGCCACACUGAAGCAAAAACUUAAUUGCUACACGACACUCCAAAGCAUUUAUAUUUUCAUCAUGACCACAAGAAUAUGUUUUUGCAUUUACAGGUUUUUUUAAUCUUUUUUUUUGCCGAAGAUAUCCCACCUGACCUGGCUCAAAGUACUUAACAUUUUCCACAUGUCAUAGUCAUGGAUCAUGAUAUGGGAACUAAAAAGAGAAUAUACAAGGUGCGUGAGAAAAGUUCAUUGACUGGUGCCACAGAAGGUGGAAUUUAAACUACAAGUUUUCCCUUUCGAGGUAAUUCCCAUGGGCUCUCAAGUUUUUCUGAAUCACUUUUGUACAUUUCUUGAUCAUCCUCGGUGAAUUGUACAUGAACUGCAUGGACGUAGUAAAGCAUUUGAAAACAUUAAAAAAAAAAGAAAAUUUGCCUUUUUUGAUGUGCACCAGUGACACAGUGAUAAGAGUGAACAAGUACUUUUGGCAAUUUAAUAUCUGAUUUGCAAAAUGUACUAAAGUAAAUGAGAAGAACAAAAACAUUUUCCCAGUUUUCUCUGCCGUGGUUUCAUUUUCUCAUGGAAGGCAUGUUGUCAUGGUGAAGCAACCAUGAGUUGUCUUGCCACACCUCUCAAUUGGCAAACCACAGGAUCUCUUUGUAAAUGUACUAGUUGAUCAUCUGGCCAACAUUGAAAAGGAAAACUUGUAGUUUGAAAUAGAUCUUUUGUGUUACUUGUCAGGGAACUUUUGUGACACCCCUUGUAUUCUAUCCUAAGGGGAUGGUGACCUCAACGAUGCAAGAUAUUUUAAUGUCAUGUCCAUUUGGAAAUUAUACUUCACCAAAAAAGCUGGUAGAAAAUAUUAUUACGUUCUGCAAAUGUUUUAAUUAUGAUUCAAUAUCAAAUUUUCAAUGUGGGAAAAGGCAUUUUUGGAAAUCUUGUCUAAUUGGUGAUAAUCAAUUGACAGUUUGUCAAUACCAAUUGGAAUUUGGUGAGAUUAAGAUGCUUUUUUUUGAGAUGCCAGUCUCACCUGGCAAACUUUUUUUUGCAUACCUUGCCAACUGUUAAAUGUAUAUCAAAGAAAAGUACCAGAUAGAUAAAGUCACACUGAAGUCCUCUGAGCCAGUGCCUUCUGUAGUAUUGAGAUAAGAAGUACUAACUUUUGUGGUUAGAAAUACAUUGUGUUGGUAGAAUUAAGUUAUUGUGUUGAGAAUGAAAUUGAUUACAUUUACCUUAAUUGCACUUGUAAAUAAUUUCUUACAUUAUGUAAAUUAAACCCUUGCUUGAUUACACAUCAGAUGAUGAUAAUGUAAGGUUGUGUCUCGAACUUUGUAACCUUCCAAUCUUUCAUGAAGAACCUUGAUUUAAUACAAUCUCCUAUAGACCA